AUGAACAGAAAAACUCAGUCCAAGAUAUCGCGAUCCUUGCACAGGCUCAUCCGAUCGGUCUUCGGGCAGAGAAGUAAUAGGGGCGAUUGCCGGCAGAAUCGUGCUGGAGAUGGACUUUACUCAAUUUACGAUCGAUCAGGUGCGCUUUCGACCAUACACGAAAGUCCGGAAUUCGACGGCCUAUCGCCGGAGAUUAGGUCUCUGGUGAUUAGGACUGCGUCGGAUAGGAGAAAGUGUUUAGAGUGUGAUAAUCUCGUGGACCGGUGUUUGGCUAUCUUGAUUGUUGCUUUCCGACCCUGGAUAUCUCGGGACCCGGAUUGA